GAAAGAGGUGUUCUGUGGCUGGCGAUGAUUUUGAGGCCCUUGAACAGCCAGAGCAAGAGGAAGCAAGGCAAAGGGAGCUCUCCGACCGGGUGGCGCAAUCCUUUGACCAGCUGAGACGAGAGACGCUUCUAGAUCCAGGAUAUGUGCAAGAACUUCAGCGGCAGGUGCCAGGGCGGUUGCUGUGGCUCCGCUCAUCCUUUGGCCUUCUGUUGCAAGUGGCGCUCUUUUCUGUUUAUGUGGGCUUGGACUGCGGCAAGACCAUCUUCAACAGCAUGGCCCUGAAGGGAAAACUGAAGAUUGUGCCGCAGAGUCUACCGAUCUGCCAGGCACUGCUACAGGUGAUUAUUGGAAUCAGCACCGCGUUCUCUCUAGUUGGAAAGCCAGCCUUCGCAGAAGCAUUUGACUGGCAGAAAAUCCUCAAAUUCUUGCCGGUGGCUCUAGUCUUCUCCGCCGCACAGUCCUUCCAAGUCAUUUGGCGCGUGAGCAAAGAGGACGACAAGAUGCGCUGGACCUGUUUCGAAGAACUCAAGGUGAACCGAACAUUGAUCCCUCAGGCGUGCGCCAUGGGUGACUUUGAGGGUGCCGCUGACAAUUCUCAAGCAGUGCAGACGUCCAUGGCUCUGGGCCUGUGCUAUGUUUUUACCUAUUUGAUCCUGUCGGACAUUGGAUCCAUUAUGUGCGAACGUUUGCUGAAAGACGAAGAGGGCAAGCCAUACUACAUCCAAAAGACCUGGAUGGAAAUUGGGGGUUUUCCAUGUGCUAUUCUGAUGUCUUUCCUGGUACCGUUGCUGCAGCAAUUUCUCGGUGUGGCUGAAUCCAGAUGGCGACCGCAAAUGUGGUGGAUGCAAAAUGAGAAGUGCGGCGAUGAGAACUGGUUAGCAGAGGACGAGAAGAAUCUGAACUAUUGCGGAGGAUUCUUUCGAAAUUGGACAUGGGCCGCAGCCGUUGCAUUGCUACUCAAUACCUCACACUCAUUUCUGUCUGGACUGGUGGUCAAGAAGCUCAAUUCCGUUGUGAAGCUCAUGGGAAAGUGUGCUUCUCUCGCCUUGGUGUUCUUUGUGGGUGACUGCUGGCUGCUUCGUGUACAUGAGCCAUCAAUCUUGUGCAUGUUGUCUGCAGUGAUAGU